CGGGGUGGCCGCCGCCGGCGUCAAUCGCGGCGACACGGUCCAGUGGCAGGGCCGGUACCCGCCGCCUCGCCCGACCCGGGGCUCGAGUGCUCCGGCACCAUCGUCGCUCUCGGGGCCGCGCUGGGCCGUCGGUACCAGGUGUGCGCGCUGCUUACCGGCGGCGGGUAUGCGGAGAAGGUGGUGGUUCCGGCAGGGCAGCUGCUCCCGGUGACGGAGGGGGCGUCGCUGACUGACAGCCCGAGGUGGCCUCCACCGUCUGGUCCACCAUUUUCAUGCCAGUCACCUCUCCCUCGGUGAAUCCUUCCUUAUCCAUGGUGGAUCAAGUGGAAUCGGUACAUUCACUAUACAGAAUUCAAAGCACCUUGGAAAUGUACACACGAGACAUUAUUCUUUAGACAACAUCUCUACUGCUCUAGGAGGCACUUUUGACUGUCUGCAUCACCUUUAGGAAUUGCAGCUGGGCUGCAGAAGAGCUAAAUAACAAACCACGAACUCCAUAUAUCUAUUGUGAAGAUAAGUAUUAUAAGCAGAGACAAUUUUUGACAUUUUACAUUCAUACAUCAACACAAAUUGAUGUAUGCUAUCGCUGUUAUGUAGCCAUGGCCAUCAUACAAAACUACGAUGCAUAAAAAAAUGAGGUUCGUCAUUUAUAUUCCAAGAUAAGAGAAUAAAAAGACCAAUUUACACAAAAGUUCACUGGGAUGAAUUUAUAAAAUUAGCUGGGAAUUACUACAGUUUGUCUACAAUUUAUAAAACUGUACUGCUAAGUUUCAUUUUGUUCCAAACAGUGUGCCAAUUCACAUGGACCAAGCUUAUAUGUGGUACUUCUAACCCACAAACUAAACAGAUUUCUUAGUUCAGAUCAUACUUCUAUGUAGGAAAAGGCUAGCGCGGCUCUUAAGAACCCUAACCAAUGCCGCUUUGGUUUUACAACUUUCAUUGCUUCUAACAUCCAAAUCAAACUGUUGUUACACACAUGUUUGCUGUAUAGAUGCACUAAAAAAAUCCUGCAUUUACUUUCUCGUAGAAUUGCAUUUUUCUGGUUGUAAAAAUAGGAUGAGCAGCAACUUUCUUGUCAACAUGAUGGCCUCCUGAAAAUAAUUGAGACCCUUCCAUCACUUAUUUAUGAACUACUUUUCAGUGUCUUCUAUCGAUGAUAAGUGAGCUACUUUUUCCUUAGAGAUCGCCUUCCCAUUGGCACUAACUUGUAUAGCACACAGUUUCCCUUCCCAAUGCACUCGUAAUGCAUAGAUAGUCCCUCCUAAUCAUUUUGUGUUCGUUUUUUUGUCAAGAUUCAGAUCGAAUUUCCGACAUCAGAGACACGUAUGCUGUUAAUCAGGUGCUGAAGAAAAAAUCAAUCCUCUCCACUUGAAGGUAGGUGAUGCACACAGAUUUCUUCUUACCUUGCAAGCACCGUUGGAUGAAGAGAGUAGGCAUGAUCAUGGACAAACGCAUGCCGUCUUGCCUCGAUCUUGCAGGAGAGGAGGACAUUGUUUAUUUGCGUAGGGCUGUCGGGGGAUAAUUCGAUCGAGUAGGAGUUGUUACGUGGAAGAGGAGCUAGCAGCUGGGCGAUCGUUUGGCUAGGUGACGAGGAAGAAAUUGAUACGGCCGGCCGUUGUACGGGAGCACGGCCAGAGAUGGAGUUCGAUACGGUCUGCACCCAAAUCAGAAGGUUUGGCCACCCUUAACAAUAUCCUCAUCGGAUAUAACUUGGGGAAGGCGAAGGCGUACCCCCUACUAUAUAAGCUCAGCCACCCACGCCCCAAACAAAUCACAACCAACCUUCCUCAAGUCGUUUGUUCCCCCGAGCAAUCGAGUUGUGUUCCCGGCGAUCGAUCGAUCCAUCUUGCUGAGCAUCAUGGUUUCCGCCGACGUGGCCCGCAACAUCGUCGGCAUCAUUGGCAAUGUCAUCUCCUUUGGACUCUUCCUCUCCCCUGUGCCGACGUUCUGGCGUAUCUGCAAGGCCAAGAACGUGGAGGAGUUCAAGCCGGACCCCUACCUGGCGACGCUCAUGAACUGCCUGCUCUGGUUCUUCUACGGGCUCCCUAUCGUCCACCCCAACAGCACCCUCGUCCUCACCAUCAACGGCAUCGGCCUCGUCAUCGAGGGCGCCUACAUCAUCAUCUUCAUCAUCUACGCGGCCAAGAACACAAGGUGGAAGAUGCUCGGCGUGCUCGCCAUCCAGGCGGCGUUCAUGGCUGCUGUGGUGGCCGGUGUGCUCGUCGGCGCCCACACCCAUGAGAAGCGCUCCAUGAUCGUAGGCAUCCUUUGCGUCAUCUUCGGCUCCAUCAUGUACGCCUCCCCGCUCACCAUCAUGGGUAAAGUGAUCAGGACCAAGAGUGUGGAGUACAUGCCAUUCUUCCUGUCACUGGUAAACUUCCUCAACGGUCUCUGCUGGACGGGCUAUGCGCUAAUCAAGUUUGACAUCUACAUCACGAUCCCCAAUGCCCUCGGUACAAUCUUCGGCCUCAUCCAGCUGAUCCUUUACGGGUACUACUACAGAUCUACCCCCAAGAAGGGCAAGAAUGUCGAGCUGCCCACCGUCCUCACCAAAAACGCCGUUACCAGCGGCAACAUCUCCGUCACCAUAGAGAAAUAAGCUUUGCUUCGUUUUUAGCCCUAAAGAUUUUGAGUAGUUAAUACCAGAUGAUACUUCAACAGGUCUGAUGUUAAUUAGUUGUACUUUUUGUUAGCUAGUAGAGUCUGAGAUUGCCUUUAAUUUUGUGAACCGUUGUCGUCUGUCCGAGACUACAGUGCAAAUUGCAAGUGUAUAUAAAUACCAAUGCAGCUGAGUUAUCCCAGAGAUAUAUUA